AUACUUGUCUUUAUCUAUGAACAUAACCUCCACCUUGUGUCAUGGAUGGACAAAAAUAGUCAACACCCGAUUAAAUCCAGUUCUUCCGGAAUGUCGUAACAUGCACCCCUUGGCUUUUGUUGAUCAACAUGCUGAAAAUAAAUCGCCUUAUUCCGGCCGCCAGGGAUUGCACAAAACUCCAGCCUCUAAUAUAUCCCGGGUUGAGUGGGGAUCGCCAGCGACGCCCCAUGUCAUGGCAGGCCUCCGUGCAGUCGAUCGCGGCCACGCAGGCAGGGAUUUUCAAGACAAUCUCCGAAAGUGCCCCAGUGGAGUGUUGCCAAAAGUAUCUGCUGUAUGUGCACGAGGUUUCUGGGCUGCCCUGGUGGGCCAGCUUAGUGAUAUCCACCGUAGCCGUCAGAUCAGUAGUUACGCUGCCGUUGGCUGUUUACCAGCAGACUAUUUUGGCCAAGCUGGAGAAUCUUAAGCAGGAGCUGCCGGCGAUUGCCGAGGAGCUGAGGCAUGAAACCAACGUGGCAGUGAAGCUGUUCAAGUGGGACGAGAGGACUGCCAAGGCGGCGUUUAAGGCUACAAUGAAGCAGCAGUGGAACCGGUUGGUAGUGAGGGACAAUUGCCAUCCAUUCAAAACCACCGUGCUGCUGUGGUUCCAAAUACCGCUUUGGGUUUCGCUCUCAGUGAGCUGGCGAAACUUAACGUAUAUGCUGCCCGUACCAGAUUUGGCCGCGCAAAUCACCUACUCCGAGCUGGCAGUGGGCGGGUUUGGCUUCAUCCCCAAUCUGACCGUGCCGGACGCUUCCUGGAUCUUCCCAGUUGCACUUGGGGUGGCGAAUCUGGCCAUCAUCGAAUUGCAGCUUCUUUCCAGAACGUCGGGGCCCAGAUCCCGCACUCAAACGGUCAUCACCAACGUGUUUAGAGUGUUAAGCGUGGUAAUGGUGCCUAUAGCGGCUUCAGUACCUUCGUGCCUGGCGCUCUACUGGACCACAUCCAGUGCCUAUGGACUAGUGCAGAAUCUAGUGCUGUUAUCCCCGAGGGCUAAGCGGCUGUUCAAGGUGCCUGAGACUUCGGUGGAAGUGAAGGAGCCCUACAAGUUAAUUGUGACCAAUUUGAAAACUAAGCUAAAACUCUCUUAGGACGUAAGGUAAUACAGAGUUUAUUCAAGAUGAAAAA